ACUGGGCAUUUGCUCGGUCCGUAGCCAUUUUGCUCAAGCUGUUUCUGGCUCAGCAUUUAGGCGAAGAUUUUUUGGGUACCAUCCAGAGGUAUCCCUGCACAACACUGCAGCACCCCCAGUCCAGGCACUGCAGGGAUGUCGAGUUUUGCGGGCGACAGUCUCCCUCCCGUCAGCGAGCAGCGACCAAGGCCAGCGUUGGCGUGGGCGGAGGCAUCCAGCGUGGCGCCCGCACCGAGGCAGCCCUCGACUCCCAGGACGACCCGCGGGCGCCCCUGCGGAGUGGGCCACGGCGGGGCCGUGCCGGGCUCCGGCGGCCUGAUCCGCAGGCCCUGUGCGCUCCAGCUUCCUCAGAGUUCGGCAUCGGCACCUGCGACUCUCGAAGACCUUCCCUACACGAGGAGACUCGACAUGCGGAUCUGCGAGCCUCGCAUGGGCAGCCGCACGUAGACCCUACCAGAUGGCAUCUGGUAUUCUAGCAAGCCCCAACGUGCCAUGGGACACGGUGAAGCAUGGCGUGUGGGGCCCACCUGAAGUGUACGCUCGCCGCAGCUUGCAGAUAUGAUCCUGUAGCGGGCCCUUUUUGACCCGGGCCUUGUCGUGAGGUGCACAGUUGACGCAGUAGUCCUGGUGGGUUUCACAGUUUGACGUCCCCGCUCAUGCUCGCCCUGUCUGGGAUCGCCGCGCUUGUGUUUGUUAUCCAUCGUUCUAUUGCAACUCUCGUGCAGCCUGCGACUCGCGGAGCAGCGACCUCAUUUAAAACUAGUUGCGUCGUGCUUGCGAUUUCUUCUAGGGCGUCGCCAGAGCCCACGGGGGCCCCAGUCGAGUGCCAAAGAGGCAUCCACCAUGCGUCGAGAUCAGUUCUAGUUGCAAUCUACUGAGCAACCAGUUGCUAAGUUGCGAGGCUCUGGCAACGCCAACGUUCAUCUCAGCAUAGUGUCCAUGAAUGGCCAGGGACACGGUGGCGGAUGGCGCGAGGAACGCGCCUGAAUGGUUCGCUCGCUUGUAUUUAGAGGGCUGACUUUGAGUUUUUUUGUGACGGGAAUAUCGUCGUGAGGUGCACGGAUGACUCACAUGUCUUCGGUGAAAGCCAGCCGGGUCUCCGCCUGCCGAGAUUUUACCUCAGCAGGCGUGUUAAUCUUGGCAGUGAUGGCGUCGUAGUGCACGUUCGCCAGCACCUGGAGGCUUGAUUUUGUGGCGGGCCCGCCCAUGCCAUUCCUUCUAUUGUCCAGGAUCGCCCCACUCGUGGUCCGCUUCUUAGGUCCUGGUGGAUCUCACGGCUUCGAGCAUUUGAAAAGUGGCUACGGCGCGUGGAGCGUGUUGGAGGCUGAGUCUGCGCAUUACGUCCCAGUGGCCAAGUUGAUGGAGGAG